GGGCAUGAGCAGGACAGGGAGAAACUUCGAGCUACUUCAAGCUCUCAUUGAUUGGACAGCAGUGACAGCACUACUUUUAAGUUUAAUUCGCUCCUGACAGACCUUCAGUCGUGGUGUUGAAUUUUCUAUUGUUUGGAAGUGCAGUGCUACGAAAAAUCAAUGAGUUCCCCAUGCAGUGCCUGUGACAACCAACCAGCUGAGGGUAGUGGCAUACUGCUCCAUCCAUUUCCCAAGUGCCCUAGAUCAUCAUAUGCAUGGUUGAAGCAGCUAAAGUUGCUGGACAGGAAAAUUUUGCUAGAAUCCUCUAAAGUUUGUAGCAAGCACUUCAGCGCCGAUCAGUUCUAUCUAAAAGUGGAUGAUAGAGGUCAUUUGUGUAAUGAGCUCAAACCAGAUGCAACACCAUGCACGUUAGCCAAAAGUGCAAUAGAUGAGUAUCCAAAUUUCAAUGAAGCUGAAUGGAAAUCCUUAGAGCAAGCGCGAAACGCUUACAAACAACUGAAAGCAACAGCAACAGACAGUUUUAUAAAAAUGGAAGAACAAAAAUCUCGUAUUCAAUAUUUAGAGAUGCAAAAUCACGCACUUAAAGAUAGUACCAAAGGUGUCACGGAAACUAAAAAUUUACUGGAAACAGCUCCGCGAAGUGCACAUGAAUAUAUCAACCAUUCCCAACUAGAUAAGCAGGCACUCACCGUAGAAGCCCUAGGAAGCAUCGUAUGUUGUUUAUGUUUUGAAACAAACCAGCACGUUGCUCGUGUUUCGGCUUUCAACCGGUUUGGGGACCAGUCAUUCUUGAGCAAUGUGAUUGAAGCUUGCUUCGGCCUAGUUAUUCAGGAAACAGAUUUUUGCACCGAUGUUUGUGAGCAGUGUCUUGUGCGGAUUGACAUAACAUGGCAGUUUUAUAGCAAAGUGAACACUAACAGCAAGGCAUUGAACGAUCUGUACAACUCUAUGCAAUAUGAAGAUGUUAAACGUGAUCGUGUACUUCGUAAUAUUUUGAGGCCAGCGAGAAAGAAUAAGGUUAAUCAAUUACGUAUGCAACAAAAAAAUGCCCGAAAAAAGAAAUUGAUGACGAAACUAAAAUCAGAUAACGUAGAUGAUGCAGAAUACAGAACUAUUCUUGAGCCUCUAAUCGAUAUAAAACAAGAUUCAUCUAACCAAGAAGACAAUAGCAUUAGUGAUAGUGACAGCGACAGUCUACCAGAACAUCCUUUCUUUGCCGAUCAUACUAAGUCUGUCUACAAUUGCCAUCUUUGCCCACAAACUUUCGACAGGGCUCAAACGCUUCACGUUCACCAGCUAAAUGCACACCAGACGGACACCGAGCAGAUAUUGUGCCACCUCUGCGCCAAGUGGUUCAAACCCCGACAUUACAACGAACAUGUACGUAAUAUUCACCUUGAUGAGAAAUGCGUUUGCACGAUCUGUGGCCAAAAGUACAGCAACAGUGCUAACUUGCAGCGUCAUAUGCUUAUCCAUACUAAGGAAAAGCCAUAUACUUGCAAACUCUGUGAUGCCGCCUACAAUCAGUCUACGAAUCUCAAACUACACGUUUCCAGGGUACAUAUGGGUAUAAAAGCACCCUCAAGGCGCAAAAUUCCUGAUGGCACUAUAAGACCAAGAAAGGCAAGAAAACCACAUCCCUGUGAACUUUGUGAUGCCACAUUCGUUCACACAACAUCUCUCGAGAAACACGUCUCUCUGGUUCACAUGGGUAUAAAACCGCACCCGAAGAAUCAAAACUCCUCAGAUAAUGUGAAAAAAACGAGAGCUUCUCGGCAUAUGCCGUGUCCAGUGUGUGACCAGUCUUUCUUCCUCCAAAGCAAACUGAUUGCUCACCUUGACGAUACCCACCCAGACCAUAAGACUACCAUGAUUCGAUGUGAUGAUUGUCCAGAACGGUUCCUCAAUCAGCGAGCCUAUUAUAAACAUCGGCUCUAUCGGCACUCGGACAAGACGCAUAAGUGUGACAAGUGCGGGAAGAUUUUCAACUGCGCACCACAUUUGUACACGCACAGGAAGAAGUGCUAUGAAAAUGAUCUCAGCGCUUCAGGGAAUUGAAAGGUAUAAUUUCAAUUUAAUUAUUACUGUGUGUAUAUGAAAUAAACUUCUAAACGAACAAUAUAAAA